GAGAGACGAAUAUCGCAGAUGCGCUUUCGAGACUGGUCAUCGAGACACGACCUCCCAAUCCUUUGAUGAUUCAUCGGAAGGACACCUGCUGUUCGUGUUGGAUACAGGAAAUAUGGAAAUUAAUUGGAAUCAAAUUGAAACAGAAGCAGAAUCAGACAGAGAGCAAAUUAAUAUUCGUGAAUCUUUGAUAUCUAAAGAAUGGACUGGAGAGUUGCGAGCAUAUGAAUGUCAAGCCAAGCAUUUGCGGACUCUAGGCGCUUUGAUCUUCAAAGAAGAUCGCGUAAUUCUUCCAUCCAAUUUAAGAUCAAAAGCGAUUGAAUUGGCACAUCAAGGCCAUAUGGGAGCAGCUUCGAUGAAACGUAUUCUACGAAACCAUUUCUGGUGGCCCGGAAUGAGCAAAGACGUGCAGAAGCAUAUAGAGGCAUGUGAAACCUGCCUUAGAUUAUCAAAGAAAAACGCACCACUUCCACUCACUAGUAGGGAACUGCCACAAGGACCGUGGGAAAUCUUGCAAAUUGAUUUUUUCACUGAUAAAGAUUUCGGAUUCGGAGAAUUUCUGGUAGUAGUUGAUACCUAUUCAAGAUUUAUCCACGUAAUCGAGAUGAAACACAUGGAUGCAGACUCUACAAACGCUGCUUUAACAAAGAUAUUCGAAGUGUGGGGUUACCCUAUGGCAAUCCAGAGCGACAACGGUCCACCUUUCCAGAGCGAGAAAUUCAUUGCAACUUGGGAGAAUCGAGGAGUAAAAAUCCGUAAGUCGAUUCCAUUGAGUGCUCAAUCUAAUGGCUCGGUAGAGAGACAAAAUACUGGUAUUAAAAAGACCUUAGCAGCAGCCCGUUUGGACAAUGUAAAUUGGAGGAAAGCAUUAGAACAAUACGUUCACACACACAACAAAGUUAGGCCCUUAUCUCGGUUAGGAGUAACUCCGUUUGAAUUGUUAGUGGGCUGGAAAUUCCGUGGAACUUUUCCAUGUCUAUGGGAUACGCACUCCCCAGAAACAUUAGAUCGCGCCGACAUUCAACAGAAAGAUGCUGAGUCAAAGCUUCAGAGCAAGAAAUACGCUGACGAACGCAGGGGAGCUAAGUUCUCCGAUAUUCAGGUAGGCGACGCUGUAUUAAUAGCGCACCAGAAGAAACAGAAAUCGGAUCCAACAUUCUCGUCUGAACGAUUCACCAUUAUUGCAAGAGAUGGGGCAAAGGUCGUACUUCGUAGCGCGCGGGUGUCCAAUACUCGCGCAAUGCUCAAGAUGUAAAGAAAGUACCUAAUUGUAUUGAAAGUUCUGAAGAAAGUUCAUUCGCGGAUCAAGAGAUUGAAAAGCUACAUAACACAGACCCAAGUCAAGAUGUACUUAUUCCAACGCCUGAAUCUCAUGAAAAGGAAAGCGCUGAAGAAUAUAUUAACCUACGCCCAACUCGACAAACCAAAUUGCCAAACAGAUUCAAGGAUAUGGUGCUUUAUAACAUAUUUGAAUAGAUACAACCUUCUUGAGACGACGACGACAUGACACUCGAACCAGUACGCACAAUGAAGAAAUCGAAUUGAAUAGUAAGAAACAUGCACAGUAACUUCAACUGGAUUUGCUACACGAGACCGGAACAAAGCGCUCACAACGAGAACAAGAGAAAAAAAUAUAUAUAUAUAUUUAUAAUAUAUGGUAGAAAUAAUCUUAAUAAAAUGGAUAAACAAAAUCUAAUAACACAAUAAUAAAUAUACAAUAUACAGUAACGUAAUUAAGACAUAAUUUAAGAAGCAAGAGUAGAGGAGAAGAGUAUUGUAGAUAAAAAGACAUAAUAAAAUAAAUUUAAAUUACAAAUGAAUGAAAGCUUUUGCAAUUCAAUGAAAAUGAAAAUCCAGAUGAAAGCAUCUCUAUGUAAUAUUCCCUGAUUGAUUUAACGGUUGUCAUGCUAUUAUUGGCAUUCGCAGGAGUGCCACAACACAGCAUUCUUUAAAAGAGGCGGAGCCUGUUGUGCUCGCUUUCCAAUUAUAAAACACGCGGUAGUACCGUACUGAGACUCAUUCAUUCAUCGGACGUCGUGACGAACGGGUCGAGCAACAGUGGGUCGAGGUUUCCCCACCCAGCAGCAACAUCGUCGAGCCCUCCCCUCCCCCGGCGAGCAAGGGUAUAUAACCAGUGGUGCUUCCGCACCACGGGUCAUUCGCAUACCGGACGUGGUGACGGGCGGGUCGAGGCAAAUCCCAUUCGUCGUACGCCUAACUUAGGUAAGGCAUAGUUCUACCCUGAACUAUUACACAGGAAAAGAAAAGAGCACAUGGAGUUAAUCCGAAUAAUUUUCUUAAAUAACAUUAGGAUCCAUUUCCUUUUCCGAAAUGGAUUCUAAUGUUAGCAACAUCUUAUACUGUUUGGAAAAGUUUUCCAAAUAGUACAAGAGUUAAUUAAAUAAUUUUUCAAGCCAUUAUGGAGGAUAAGCAGCAGCGGAGCACUUUACCGCCACGACCACUGUUGGCUGCAGAGCCAACGGGAAAU